GUGCUUAAUCCAUGCAGCCCGCUAUUUAAACUCGGUUGGUGAACCGGUAGGAACAUAGUUUCAGUUGGUCCUCAGUUACCUUUCCUACCCGGUUUCUGCUCUUGGGGUUGUGGUGUUUGGAACCCGCAGAAAUAUGAAGCAAACUUAUUUUUAGGCGAGAAGCAGAAACCUGCAAGUUCGUUUCACCCUAUAAAAGCCGCCAACAUCUAGCUCUGAGACCUGGACGAUUUCCUCCAGAAAUUCGUAAGCUCCGCCCGCUUCUCUGAGGCUUCUCAAGAUCAGGCUCGGCCAAGUAGGGGAGAGCAGGGGGCGUGGAUCUGCCAAGAGUGUAACCAGAAGUGGAUGUCCUGGGACUCCAGGGAGUGGCCACGACGGAAUACAAGGAAACGCGCGUGCGCGGAGUGUGAUCUACGAAGACCUCAGGAUCUUGUGUGCGGCAGGGACCUGAGGGACGGGCCUGGACACCGUGGGAAGGAGCGUCAGCGACGGCCACGUCGGGAGGGGAGUGGCCUAGGGGUAGCACAGAGGCGUGACCGGAAAAUGUUGGACUCAAUCUGCACGUUAAGGGCGUGGCACAGUCGCUCAGAAGCGCAAGACAGAGUUGGUCGAGACUGCGGGGUGUGAGCUCAGGCAGAGGGCAGAUAAACUAUCAGAGUGGAAGAAGAGACAUAAGCACAAAGGGAGUGGCGUGGUGUCAGCUCAACAAGCAUGACCCGAGGGAUAAAAGGAAUGUGAAAGGAUUCCGAUGAGUGUCGAUAGCGAGGAGUGGCGUACAAGACGCAAGUGACGUAAGAGAAAGGCGGGCCCUGGUGUAGGCGCAACGUAAGGACGUACCGUGAACGUGGAUGGUCCGUGGGGGCGUGGCUUUGACGCUCUAAGGAGUGCGACAAAGAUGGUCCAGCGCCAAAGAAGGGUGGGUCCAGGCGGAGGCCAGAGGCGGGACCAACUUACCGCGCAGGCUCGUUGUCGCGGCUGGGAGCCCGGAGCGAUGGCAGCAGAGGUUAUUAGGUUCCUGCAAGCUACUGGGGAGUUGAUCAAGAUUUUAAGCUAAAGAUGGCGAUGAUGAGUCACCUGAGGGCCAUUCUUCAAGCCUCUCCAUGUAAGACACUGUGGAGAAGGUUCCAGACUCCGAGAUCCACGCCUGCAAGGCCUUGCAGCCUCUACACCUGCACUUACAAAUCCCGGAACCGAGUCUUGCACCCCCUCUGGGAGAAAGUGGACCUGGUCCCGGCGGGUGAGCGCCAGUCGCCCAUCAACAUCCGGUGGAGGGACAGUGUCUACGAUCCUGGCUUACAGCUGCUCACCAUCUCUUAUGACCCGACCACCUGCCUCCACGUCUGGAAUAACGGGUACUCUUUCCUCGUGGAAUUUGAAGAUUCUGCAGAUAAAUCAGAGAUGGAACCAAGGAUGAGGAAAACCAACUGUAAAAUUAAAUAUGCUGAUUUUCAACUGUGAGGUGGCUGGCACCCCUAACCUCUGCAUCAUUCAAAGGACAACUGUACAGAGCAAAAGGCUAGUCAGGCAAGAAAAAGACAUUUUAUAUUUUUGGUCACCCAGCAACAUGUAUGUAUUUUGUCAUUCGUUGAUUUAUUUAUUGAUUCAACAUUUACUAAGUGCCAGUCAUGUGCCAGACAUGGCACUAAGUGCUAGGAAUAACAACUCGAUUCUUGGCCUCCCAGAAUUCAAAGACUAGUGAGAAAAGCACACAGUAAAUUAGAAUUAUACAGCAAAUGUGAUUUGAAAAAGAAUUUCUAAAAGUGCUGUUCGACCACAGAGGAGGGUGUGAUAUAGACUGUUCAGAGGAGUGUAUGGUGAUUUCACUAAGGAGGGGACAUUUGUGUUGGAUAUUGAAGGAUGAAUAGGUGUUUGCCAAGAGGAUUAGAAGGGCAUUCCAGACUGAAGGAAAAUCAUGUGCAGAAACAGAUGUUAAGAAAGUGUCCAAAACCCAAUGUGGCCAAUAUGAGAGAGUAUGCUGUGGGGAGAAGCAGGGAGAAUGGUGAUCACUGAAGAUUAAGAGUGUAGAUGGAAGGCAGUCUUCUGAAACACUGGUUACUUUUAAAUAAGAGGAUGGUAUAGCAUGAUAUCAUCUAAAUAAUCGGUCAGUUGCUUUAUUUUUUGAGGUUAACCCAGGCAACAGUACAAGAUUAAUCCACAUGGGAGAUGAUGGGAGUCUGUGGCAAUGAAGAGAGAGAAAAGCAAGUCUUAACAAGCAUUUUAAAAAUAAAAGCAAAAAAUAAAAAUAAAAGAACUUGGAGUCAUCUUCAAAUGAGAAGAAGGCAAAGUUAACCGUGAUCUUGUGGUGUCUCACUUGGGAGGCUCUGGAAUGGCAAUGCCAGAAAGUUCAUAAAUGAUGGACAAUAAAUAAUUUGUAGGGAAAAAUAGGGAGCAUGUAAGAAAAUAUAAUUUCUUCUUAUAACUUUUCUGCUAAUUUAAUUACAAAUGUUACAUUAAAAAUAGAAACACAUUUCAACUGGUUAUGCCUCAAAAAAGGAAUGUCUUCAACUCCUGUCUAAUUCCCAUAGGAAGAAUCUUUCUCUCAAGAUAAGCAUCUUUUCUCCUUUUGAUGCAAAUGGAUUUUGGAUUUUAGUAUUUCCUGCAGAUCAAGAUGAGAAUGAAUAAAUAUUGAUCCCUCACUGAAAUGUUAUUCAUUUUACUAUAUAAUUUUUAAAAUGUUUCUCCCCAGAUAAAUCUUUUAUUCAAAGUAAUAUUAAUUGCUGCUCCAUUAAUUGCAUAAUUAAUUGCAUAUGUUUCUUCCUAUUCUUUGUUUCUAUCUCAUUUUGCAUCAGAUUGUCAUGUUUUUACUAGUGGCUUUAUUUUAGGUCAGGAAACAUUUUUAAAUAGUGUAGGCUGAAUAAGGCUACCAAUUUAUUUUGGAGUGAUCCUAUAUGAUCAAGCACUAAUUCGUUUAAUGGUGUUUCAGCUGCACUUGGUACAUCAGAAUGCAAUCCAAUUUGAAAGGUUUGAGGGUGCAGCAACUGGAAGAAGAUGGUUUGGCUAUGGUAGGAAUAUUUUUAAAGGUAAAAAAAUCUUACCAAGUUUAAACGAUGUGUUGCACUCUAGAAUGAAACGAUAGAACAUUAGAAUAUUGUUAUUUACUUUAAGAAUAUGGGGAUCAAUACAUUGGUAUGAUAAACAAUGGUUAAAAGAUUGUUAAGAAUAUAUUUCAAAUGGUAUAAAAUUAGGCUGUCCAAUAUGGUAGCCACAGGUCAUGUAUGGCUGUUGAGCACUUAAAAUGUGGCUAAUGUAAGUGAGGAAAUGAAUUUUAAAUUUUAUUUUAAUCAAUUGUCAUUUAAAUUUAGGAACUGACAAUUCAGUUAUUGGAAAACUUUAAAAUGUUUGGAACAGCCUGGGUAUGUUAUAUACAUUUUCAAGUGUAAAAUAUACAACUCAAGUGUAAAAUAUACAAAUCAAGUAUUUCUGAUGAAAAUUUAGCAUACAAAUUCACAUGUGCUGUAUGUAUUAAGUUCAC